CUUCGUCUUCUCUGGUUCACAGAGGAGAACAGCGAGAGAGAGGGAGGGAGGAGUUCUUGGACGAUUUGCAGUUUCUCCGUGGUUGCCUCCGCUUUCGUCCUUUACUCCAUCACUGUCUCUCUCUUGAAUCUUCUGUGAGAUGACGACUACCAUGGCCGCACGAUCUCAUCACAAAUCGCGUGCACUCUCUCUCGUCAAUGCACCGACGCAGACGAUAGAUCCACCACCGACCACCACCGGAGCCCUCACCGACGCCACCCCACAGGUGAUCGGUUUCCUGGCGUGGUCUCGAUGUCGAACCCUGUCGGUCGGUGUAUGUAAUCUUAAAGUCUGGGUCGAAGUGCUGAGGUUCAGGGGCCUUGGUAGCAUUGUGGACAGAGAAGAGUUUCCAAAAGAUUUCGACAAGCAGUUGUGCACAGAGCUCAACUGGUCUCGAUUGGAGGAUGCCAUCUUCAAAACUCAUGUCACCGGUUGGGGUUUCUGGUGUCGACAGGACAACAGACCACCCCAUGCUCCUCCGGUUUCUAAUUGUGUGAUCAAUAGGGUGCGGGGAUACUGGAAAACAGUGACAGAGCCCUGUUCUUUGGCGACGAAAGAUCAAAGUGGAUUUUGUUGGUUUGGUUCACUAGCUGAUCUGAAACACCAUGACAAGCCACCUAAUCGAACUGUAAGUGCGUUUGCCUCUGACAUUGGAAAUGAAAAUAUGUUAUCGAAGUUUUAUAUAGCAUUUUUGAAUUGUGCUAUUCAUGCUUUUGACAUUAGAAUUUACUUGGUCUUCAGUAAGUAACAAACUGAUUGUUUGGUUCAACUGUGGACUUUGAAAGUAGACUUGACAACUUCUGUUAGCAACAAGCCAACAACUCUUUUCCAUCCCUUCAAUAUCCAAAUUUAAGAAUUUCUAAGAUUUGGGUAAUGAUGAAUUUCCCUUGUUUAACUAUGAAAGGAAUUGGGUUUUGGACUUUGGACCCUUCUAUGAUUUCUGUGAUCGUAAUUCUUAAGUCCACAUUAUAGUUUCCAGCCUUGCUAUUGGCCCAGCUUUUUCUCAUUCCAUGUAUAUUCACAGUUGAGAGUCCUUUCUAGAAGUAAGAAAGGAAUUUGAUUUCAGUGUUAAGACUACUUUUUUCCCAUUUACUCGUAGGUUGAGGCUAUUUGGAUAUUAUCUUCUUUGGAAUAUUUUGUUUUUCCCAUUAUAUGUCUGGUAUCUCCAUUGUUUCCGUUCAUAUAUUUGUGGUAACUGAAAUACCACAAAGUUUCUAUAUCAAUUUAGAACAUGGCAACAGUUGCUUAUGAGACCAGUAAAAGAAAUGUGUAUAUUUUUCCAGUUCUUUACCAUGAGACCACUUACCAAGACUAUAUGCUUGUUUGGCUUUGUGGUUAAGAUGAGGACUAUACAUCUGUUGCAGUUUUUGACUAAAAGGGACCUGCUGGAAGGUCUAAUGCCGGAGCUUAAAGGCUUGGUCUUCAGCUCCUUGCAAUCUUAAAUUCAGCUUAGAUAUGGUAUUCCCUAAAUUCCAAAUUGACAGCAGAAUAAUAUUCACCUUGCCCUUUCGGGUAUACCUUUCGUUUUCGCUGUGGAUUCUUUCCUACGCACUCUGAUCAUCCAAUUCCUUUAGGUCCGUUCCGCCAUACUUCUAUGAAAAACUCAAUCUGAUAAUCAAAGUUCCGUGAUUCCAAUAUCUUUGUUGUCGGGGAAAAAAAUGGAUAGUCCACAUUCAAACAUUAGGGAUUGGAAAGCAAGAGGAGGAGGAUUUUUUUACUGCAGAACAAAACUCGAUAUAUAGUUAGAGGGAGACAGAGGAGAUUGCAACGAAGCAGGAGGUAUGGAUGAGAAUUUUCAAUUCCAACUGCAUCUACAUACAUUAUAGUUUGAGGAUGGUUCAUUCAAAUGUUCACAUAGUUCCAUAAACCUUUUCAAAUGUGAACUGAUGGUUUAAGGUAGCAGGUCUGGUCUUCUGAUAGUAAAGAAGUGAGAAUUGGAUUGCAAGUUGUAGCUUGAAACUUAAGUGAUUAUCGUAUGUCUUGAUCAGUUCUUUUGUGUUAUUGUUGCGCCUAAGGAAUGUUUAGACAAUCUUAGUUUCUCAAUAAUUGAAUCUUUUUUCCUUAUUUUAUUAUUUCGUAAGUUGUUCUAAAAAGUUGUUUUCCCCACUCAUAAAAAUUACAUUCAUAGUACUACAGUAGCAUGUUUAGCCAAAAAUAGACGUAAAAAAAAGAAAAGGAAUGUUGCCUCUUGCUUUGUUCGAAGCUGCUGUUUCAAAAAAACAAGUUGCAUAAAUUAACUUCGCAUAUUGUAUACAUCACCAAACAGGGCUAAAAGAGUUCCUUGAUAUCUAGGACUUGCUCAAAAGAGUUCCUAGGGUUCCAAGAGACUUCGUUUGGUUACAAACUUACAAGGGACUUACUUUAGAGCAAGUCCAAUGAUAAAUAGAACUCUUUUGGCUAAAAAAUAUUGACCUUUUUUUGUAUGGGUUGAAUUCGUUUGAGUUAUUCCCUGAGGUUUGGGUACUUUCGGCUGUGCAUGAUUUCAACUUCAUGAAAUUUCGUGUAAGGUGGUUGUGAGUUUGGUGUUUUUUGGUGGAUUGUUCAGACUUAUGUUCUUUAACAGAGUUUUAGCGUUGUUUUGCUUCGGUGGUUUUAUGUUGACGUUUCUUUUAGGUGUGUUUGGUUUUCCUGUGUAGAUUUUCAAGAUUUUAUGUUACUCCAAGAGGGGAAAACAAACAAACGGUUGAGAAAAACAAUAAACUAUGUAUAUAGUGUGUGUGUGUCCUCCUCGGGAAAAACGGAUGGGUUUUGGCAGUGCCAAUUUUAAAAAAAGAGCCAAAAUAGAUCUAUCGAACGCAUCUUACGAUUGUAAUGUGUAUAGCUGCAGAUCCAUUGAUCUGGUUAGCAAGCAAACCAAAUGACACCUUCCCAAAUCCCAUCAAAUCUAUGUCUAAUAGUAGUAGAAUACAAAAGGUAAUAGAAGUAUUCAUGUAUAGAAAUAUUGAUAUUGGCCGUUGAUAAUAGCUGUUUGCAUUACCAUCUUCUCUUUGCUAAGUGAGAUAUGCUUUCUUGCGCUUUGUCCAUGUGUAGCAUUUACUUGCUUGCCGUUUGUACAUCAACUUGGGUGGGUGUGUUUUGGGGUGUUACACUUUCUGGUUUUGUGCUUGCUUGCUAAAUCUAUUUUUGUGCUGUGGGUAUGUGAUAGGAUAGUAGGUGUGUUGUGACUCCCACUGAGGGAAGGUUUCAUUUUUGUGGGAACUCCUGUGAAGAAUAGCUGGCGCUUCUCCCUGUCUGCUUGCAUUUGCGUGUUUUCCAUCUUUAUGUCAUCUAGAGAAUACAGAAAAUUCCAAUUUUCCUGAAUAUUCUCCAUCUUAAUUUCUUUUAUUUGUGUUUUCUGGAAAAACACAUGGGCAGGAUCAACUUUUAGCUGUGGAUUGUGUCCCUAUCUUUGUUAUAGUCACUACCUUGAUUACCAAUAUGGCUCUUUGUUUCCUAAAUCUUUGCUGGCGAUGUAGAGUAUGCUGAUCUAAAUUAGCUUGUUUCAAGCUCCUGUUGAUGCGUUUGUCCUUUAAUUCAAGUGUUUUCUGGAUUAACAUGCUUUCAUUUUAGUGCAUGGUGGUCUAAUCUAAUGUCUUGACAUGCACAGUAGCUUUUGAGUAUUUCUUGAUCGCCAUUACCAUGAAGCGAUGUGCCAGAAAAUUCUGGCAAUUACCCAGGGUUUCCUUGAAUGCUGAUAUGCCUUGGACCAGCAGCAGCACAAAGAGACUAAUCUAUAUUCAAAUAUUGUGCUUGGAUCAUGGAUUUUAGAAAUUUUAACAUGUGAUUUGAGAAUGAUAUGGAAAAAAGAAAUAUAUUUAGCUCCUUCUCAUCACAUUUUGUUGUAUUUCCGUUUAACUAUUUUAGAUCUCCAUGAAUUCCUUUUCAGUUCCAUGAUUGUAGCCCAACUUAGAUUGGAUUGUGUGGUUCCCUAAAUAGCUGGUUCCUGCUUUUAGCGUUUUGAAUUAUUCACCUUGUUUUUUUGUGCCCCCGGAUCUGUUUUUGGGUUUGGAUUGGGUCGUUGUGUGAGGCCUCUGUUUUUUGUGGGUGAUGUAAGGACUUAAAAACAAGUUUGUGCUAUUGUUUCGCCGUAUUUGCGUU